AAACGAAAUUACAACCAGCACCCUCUCUUCCCCUAGGUUUUACAAAGAAAGCCACCACCACGUGAACCGGUAGUCAGUCUUCCGACGACCUCGCUGACAUUGUUGACUCAAGACUUUGUACCAAACGAAGUUAUUGUAGAAGAAGGUUUUGCCGGUCUAUCGGUCUUCACCGGUCAGAUGACUGAUUGGGUUAUCCCUGUCUUUCAACAUGGGGGGAGUUUUGUCAAAGAUAACAAGGGUGAACUACUUUACAUUAAUGGGAAUGUAAAGAGAUUUCCUCCUUUGGAUCUUGAUUUAGUGAAUUAUUUUGAUUUGAAGAAAAUUUUUGAAGUACUUGGCUACCAUGCAUACAAAAAGAUGUAUUGGUAUGAUCCAACAGCUCCUAGUUAUGAAGCAGGCCUACAUCCUAUAUAUGGAGACAAGGAAAUCAGAGAGAUGUGUGACAAAAAGAGGGAGGAUAGAGAGACAGAUGAAUUGUGUUUGUUCUUUAAUCAUCCAAUUAUGAAAGAUGUUGAUUUUGAGGAUAGCGAUGAUACUGAUGAGCAUAGUGAGGCCGAGGUCUUGUCUGAUGAACUAAUUUCUGACAAUGAUAGCUAUGAUAGCUAUGAAAGUGCUGAAGACGAGGCGUAUAAACCCCCACCUCCAGGAUUUGAGGAUGACACCGAUGAUAGCUAUAAUAGCUUUGAAGAUGAAGAACUCAUGAAGAAAACAAAGAGAAAAUGUGGCAAAAGAGAUAAGAAGGGUAAGAAGAAAGCUGUUGGAAAAAAGGAUAAUGCAAGGAAGAAAGGUGGGCCUAAACAGACUACUAGGCCCAAUGACAAAUAUGGGCCCAAUAUAACUGUUGGGCCUACUCCUACUAAUGGGUCUACUCCUACUGCUAGGCCUAGUCCUACUGCUGGUGGGUCAGAAUUUGGUGUUGGACCGGGUAUAGCAGAGGAAGGGGAUGACAUCUUUAGUGAUGAGUCUGAUGGUUUAGGAUUUGAGUCAGAGGGGUUUGAUAUACCUCAAUCAUCAGACAAUGAGGGAGAUGAUUUUGAUUGGCCCCAAUUCAAUGAGGAAGCAGACUUUGGUGAUGUUCAACUCCAAUUGAACAUGGAGUUUGCCACAUUGGAUCAAUUCAAGCAUGCCUUAAAGGACUAUACUAUUGCUGAAGGAAGGAGAAUUUUUUAUGUUAAAAAUGAUAAUAGAAGAGUUAGAUGCAAGUGUGCAAGUGGGGAAGAGAAGGUUAUGAUUGCAAAGGCAAAGUUCAAGGCUAAAUGUAAGGCUAAAAGGAAAGAGACUGAUGCUGCAGAAGUGGAUAAUUCUGGAGAGAAUGGAACUGCUAUUGUCCCUAGCAGUGAUGAUAAUGAAUGUCCCUGGCUGAUUUAUUGUGCUUGGAAUAGUGCUAGAGGGUGCUACCAGAUUAAGACGUAUGAGCCUAAACAUACUUGUCCUAGGGAAUUCGGGUCUAACAUGGCUGAUCAGAAAUGGGUGGCUGAUAAAUUAGAGAAGAGGUUAUUGACCCAACCUCACAUGACUCAUGGCGAAGCUUUUGAUCAUAUUAAGAUAGACUUUAAUGUGGUGUGCAGUGACAAGAUGAUUUAUAGAGCUUUAAGGGUUGCUAGGGAAAGGUAUGUUGGGAAUGAGAGGGCUCAGUAUGGAAAGUUGAGAGAUUAUCUCACUGAAAUACACAGAAGCAAUCCUAGCAGCACUGCAUUGCUGGAAACAACCCCCACAAUUCCUGGUUCACCGCCAUUGUUUAGCAAACUGUAUAUUUGUCUAGAGGGGUGUAAAAGGGGGUUUAAGGCUGGUUGUAGACCACUGAUUGGGUUGGAUGGAUGUCACUUGAAAGGAUAUUAUGGGGGGCAAUUGUUGUCUGCUGUAGCUCAAGAUGUAAACAAUCACUUCUAUGUGAUUGCCUAUGCGGUAGUUGACAGUGAAACAAAACAAAGUUGGAAGUGGUUUUUAAAACUUCUUCAAGAGGAUAUUGGUAACUGCUCAACAGAAGAAUGGAAUUUUAUCUCGGAUCAACAGAAGGGUUUACUGCCUGCUUUGCAUGAGGUGAUGCCGAAUGCACACCACAGGAAUUGUGUAAGACACAUUUGGAAGAAUUUUAUUGGGAGGUUCAAGGACAAACAACUAAAAAAUAUGGUGUGGACAUGUGCAAAGAGUAGUAUAGAUGUAGAGUUCCAACAUCAUAUGCAGAGGCUAAAGAGGAUGAACGAAGAAGCAUGGGCAUAUCUUGCAAAGUUUCAACCCUCUUGCUGGACCAAAUCUUAUUUUAGUCAUUGGCCAAAACUUGACAACGUGACCAACAACAUGAGUGAGGUCUGGAAUGCCAAAAUUAACCACUAUAGGAGAAAGCCUAUUCUCACCAUGUUGGAGGAGCUUCGUUGUUACUUGAUGAGGAGAAUGGAAAAACACAAGAAGAUUCUAAGCACCUACACUGGAGUACUGGCACCAGUUCAGCAAAGGAAAUUGGAGGACCUUAUGAAGGAUACUAAAUUCUGGACGGCUCAAUGGACUGGUGACAAUGAUCGUAACGUGUUUGAGGUGCAGACACAUUCAAAGAAGGUUGGUGUUAAUCUUGGAAGGCAUACUUAUACCUGCAAUAUGUGGCAACUGACAGUUAAUUCUUUUGUAGGAAUACCAUGCGUUCAUGCAUUAGCAGCUAUUCAAAAGAGGUGUGAUAGGCCUGAACUAUAUGUGCAUCAUUGGCUGAAGAUGGAUGCAUUUAGAGCAACCUAUGAGCAUGUCAUGAAACCUGUCAACUCAGAAGAGUAUUGGGUAAAGACUGGACUACUAUCUCCAGAGCCACCCAUCAUUAGGAGACCUGCAGGCCGCCCCACGAAGAAAAAAAGGAAGGCGGACCCUGUUGAAGAUGCGCGUGAUGGAACAAAAGGACGACGAACAUUCAAGGUUACCUGUAAAAAAUGUGGCGAAUCUGGCCACAAUGCAAAAACAUGCAAGGGACCACCAAGGCCUAAACCCCCACCAAAGAAUAAAGGUAAAAAAAGGGUAAUGGAAAUGGAUCCACCAUUGCAGCAGGGUCACAGGAAGAAGUACAAGUAACCCUAUCAGCCCCUCAACCACAGCCACAGGAGCAAACUACUAACUCAUCCAACCAAGUUGCAUCAACAACAAGUUUUAGGCCUCCAAGACCCAAACAACAAAUUCUGAGACCUCAUGUAGCUCCGGUCACUGCCCCAACACCUCCUAUGAAGCUUGUUUCGGCUCUAAGACCUUUACCUCCACCAACUUUAACUCCUCCACCUACAGCCCCAUUUGCUCUAGUGCCUAGGUCACUCCAUCCGAAUCAGAUACCAAUAAUCUCUCCAGAAACAGUUGCUGUUACAAGCUCUGGAACUGUUGCCAGAGUAUUCAAGUUCAUGCCUACACCAGGACUCAACCUCCAAAAGAAGAAAUGAUAUUGCUCUAUGAUAUCAUGCUGAUUGUAGUUAUGUUGUUUAGUUUAUUAAGACCCUUUUGUAACAGAUUAUGGUUAUGUAGUGCAUUUAUGCAACUUUGAGCUAUGCUUUUGGAAUGUAUCUUUGAUGCUAGCAACAGAUAUAAACUAGCUAGGAGUAAGUUUUUUGUUGGAAUA